GGCUGGCCGCGUCUCCAUGGCGACGGCGGACGCGGCGGUGCAGACAGCUGUUACCUGUGGGCUAGAGAGUCGUCGGCUGGGACCGAGGCCCGGGCGAGGCCAUGUCGGAUCUGGGCUCGGAGGAUUUGGAGGAGGAGGGAGAGAACGAUCUUGGGGAGUAUGAGGGGGAUCGGAACGAGGCAGGGGAACGUCACGGACAUGGAAAAGCGAGACUACCCAACGGGGACACGUACGAGGGCAGCUAUGAAUACGGUAAAAGGCACGGGCAGGGGACCUACAAAUUUAAAAACGGUGCUCGAUACAUUGGGGAAUAUGUUCGAAAUAAGAAGCAUGGCCAAGGCACUUUUAUAUAUCCAGAUGGAUCGAGAUAUGAAGGGGAGUGGGCGGAUGACCAGCGGCACGGCCACGGCGUGUACUACUAUGUCAACAACGACACCUACACGGGAGAAUGGUUCGCCCACCAAAGGCACGGGCAGGGCACCUACUUCUACGCGGAGACCGGGAGUAAGUACGUGGGGAGCUGGGCGAACGGACAGCAGGAGGGCGCGGCCGAGCUCAUCCACCUGAACCACAGGUACCAGGGCAAGUUCUUGAACAAAAACCCCGUUGGCCCUGGGAAGUAUGUGUUUGACAUUGGCUGUGAGCAGCAUGGCGAGUAUCGCUUAACAGACACGGAAAGAGGAGAGGAAGAGGAGGAGGAGGAGACAAUGGUAGCCGUCAUUCCAAAAUGGAAAGCCUCCAAGAUCACGGAGCUGGCCCUAUGGACGCCCACCCUGCCUGAUGAGCCACCGCCCGCAGACAUGCUGUCUGGCCCUGAGGAGGCGCCGGUCACCGAGGGAGGGGAUGAGUCCGUGGAGGAGGCCCCGGCCCCGGCGGACGUCUGGGAGGGCGAGAACGAGCUGAAGCCCGGGGACGAGGAGGGUGACCUCGCCAGGGAUGAGGGCCGCGAGUUCGGCCGGGAGGACUUCCGCUACGACAACGUGGACCGGGGAAAUGUUAGUUUUGAAGAAGAAGAAACUAGACAAUCAGAUAUGCCAGAGUAAGGUGAAGCGAGCCAGAAGAAUUGUCUCCUCAGAAUGCUUCUGCUAGUUGAAGUAGUUAAUACUUAUUAGUUGUUAAUCCUUUCUUAGUUGUUUGUUAAAUUUGUUGACAAUUGCAAAUAAAUCAUUUCAUUAUCCUUUGUUCAUGAAA